UAAAGACGAGGCAUUGUUGGAGACUUGAGGCUGUUUAAAUAAAGUGAGACCGUGGCAUAGGCUGAUAUAUGAAGUAAAGUGUGUGUUGGUUUUAUGUGUGGCGUAGAGUAAUUACGAGGAGGUGGAUAUGAAAAUAGUGAGCAAGUAUAUUUAAAUGUUUAAACUUGAGUCGUGUAUACUGAUUACCGUUGAGUGUUGGACUGUAUAGUAGUAAAACUUGAGAUCAGAAUAUAUGAAAGAGUAGGGGACGAGAAAUAACGAGACGAGGUUGUAUCUCGAUGAACACGCGCCUCCGUGUGUCAUCGUUGUCGUCGUCGUCGUCAUUGUCGUCGUAGCUUGUCACUCUCCUCGAUUUAUAACUACAUAACUAUAACUAACUAACUUACUACCUAACUAUUUAAACUGAACACAUUACAUCAGUACGCCAACAAUUCAAGUAAAGGUGUGUCAUCAAUACUCCAACUCGAUAGGGACAAAUAUAAAUAAUAAUAAAAGUGAAUUAAAUAUUUAUCGAGAUUCGUCCUAUCAAACAUAACAGUGAUACGUAAAAUUAAUAGUACAGAAAAAAUACAACAAAUAACUAAUCAUAUAAGUAAAUAAAUAUAUAUAAUCUAUAAUGGACGUUGACUUUAAAUUUAUUAAUAAUUUCGGUGGCUUGAUGGUAGUUCGCCUGAGGUACAUCUACUGAUCUGUCGUUCCGAGAGUUAAGCCGGCGACUUUUAUUAUAAAACCAGCAACUGGAAAACUGAAAAAAAUUAACCGACUAAAAAAAUUUAUAAAAAUAACUAAUACUAAAAUAAAAGUUUUAGAAUAACAGCAAAAGACCUCCAAGUGUCAUUAGAACGUGUGGCAUUAGAGAGGGCAAGUCAACCAAAACGUUUGUUUGUUAUUUAUUUUUUUACUUAACUACUUUUUUUUUACUCAUUUUAAUUUUCUUAAUAUUUUUUCUCGCGAUCUAGUCGUUCUAUCGCGGCCAACUUACACGGGCAGCAGCACCACCUAAUCCAGCGGCAAUCGACGAGCUGUUGCUGGUGCUGGUGAUUUAGUUGCUGUCGUUGGUCUGCCAGUGAAGGAAGAAGAAGAUACCAGUGAAGGUGGAGGGGCCUGGGGCAGACGAGGACGAGGAAGAGGAAGAAAAAAAAAAGAAGAAAAAGGUGUUGGUGCCGGUGAAGGUUAAUUUGUUAAUUCUGGAUAGGAAACGUAAAAAAUAUAUAUUUUUAAUUAAACAUUUAGUCAGUGAAAUUUUAAUUAUUUAUAUUGAUAGUAGAUACGGCAAGUGCAGCUAGAGAUAUGGUGUAAAGAUAUCAGUCAGUUAUUAAUACCUCUAUUCAUUUUUAUUAUUAAUUAAUUAAUAUUUUGUAAUAGACAGUGAUCGCCGAUUCUGCUGAGUGUAGGGAACAAUGUAAUUCUAUGUGCUAUUCGUCGUUUAUUUGGGAGAGUACAUAAACAAAACGAUGUUUAUAUAAUAAUAAUAUUAUUGUUGUUAUUUUGGCAAUAAUCACGGGCGGUAUACUCGUAAGUGUUUAAAUAUCAGCCAGAUAAUUGCUAGUUAUAUUGUUUACAAAAAAUAUUACUGAUAUUAAUUGUAAUAAUAUUGUCAUGCAACAAAAGUGAGUGGUGUUGAGUGUAAAAGAAUAAUAAUACAUAAUAAAAAUAAUAAUAAGGAAUAGAAAAAUAACGCGUGUAUGGGCCUGUGUGUGAGUGUCAUGGGGUGCUUCGGCAGCCAAAGUAGCAAGGCCAGUCAGGAUGAUAGUAAGAACCAGAAGAGGCGUUCAGACGCUAUUACUAAACAAUUACAAAAGGAUAAGCAGAUCUACAGAGCCACCCACCGGCUGCUGUUACUUGGAGCGGGUGAGUCCGGUAAAAGUACUAUCGUCAAACAAAUGAGAAUAUUGCACGUCAAUGGCUUCAGUGAAACGGAGAAGCGUCAAAAAAUUGAGGAUAUAAAGAAAAACAUACGAGAUGCUAUCGUGACGAUAACAGGUUGUAUGAGCACAUUGGUGCCACCCGUGACGCUUGAGGAUCCAUCAAAUCAAAGUAAAGUUGACUACGUGUUGGAUGUAUCGUCUUCCCCAGACUUUGAUUACCCUCCGGAAUUUUAUGAAAUAGUCGAGGCGCUGUGGAAAGACCGGGGUGUACAACAAAGUUUUGAAAGAAGUAAUGAGUAUCAACUUAUUGACUGCGCAAAAUACUUUUUAGAUAAGGUUGCCAUUGUAAAAAAACCAGAUUACUCACCGACUGAACAGGAUAUCUUAAGAUGUCGAGUUCUUACUUCCGGUAUAUUCGAAACGCGGUUUCAAGUCGACAAAGUCAAUUUUCACAUGUUUGACGUCGGCGGGCAACGAGAUGAAAGAAGAAAAUGGAUACAGUGUUUCAAUGAUGUAACAGCAAUUAUAUUUGUCACUGCAUGCAGUAGUUAUAAUAUGGUACUCAGGGAAGAUCCAACAAAAUUGAGAUUAAGAGAAAGUCUUGAUCUAUUUAAAAGUAUUUGGAAUAAUCGGUGGCUUCGAACGAUAUCAGUAAUUUUAUUCUUGAAUAAACAAGAUUUAUUAGCUGAAAAAGUGAAAGCAGGUAAACAUAAAUUGGAGGAUUAUUUUCCUGAAUUUUCACGAUAUCAAACGCCAGUUGAACCUGGCGUCGUUGCGGAACCAACAGAAGCACCUGAAGUAAUACGAGCUAAAUAUUUUAUACGAGAUGAAUUUCUUCGCAUCAGUACAGCUAGUGGAGAUGGAAAACAUUACUGUUACCCACACUUUACGUGCGCAGUCGACACGGAAAACAUCAAGAGAGUAUUCAAUGACUGCCGUGACAUAAUUCAACGUAUGCAUCUGCGUCAAUAUGAGCUCUUGUGACUUCAUUCCUGCCGUUGCUUACAAUUAGUGUCGUCUGCCCAACUUAAAUUAUUUUCCAUUCACAACCCUCUCUACAUUGCCUCGAAUUAACAAAAAAUAUAAUAAUAAUAAUAAAUAAAUAAAUAAUUAUAAUUUAAGUAAAAAAAAAAAACUAAAAAUAGUAACACAAGAAAAAGAAAGAUUUAAAUGAAUUAACGCCAAAUAUCUAGGCAACUAUUAUAUUACUGUCGAGAUAAAAGUACUUUCAAUUUAUCGAGACAUAGAUAAAUAAAGAGAGAGAGAGAGACCGAAGGAAAAUUAAUAAUAAUUAUAAUUUAAAAAAAAAUAAUAAUAAUAAUAAUUAAUUAUAAAUGCGUACACGUAAAAAUAAUUAAUAUACAUUUAAUGUAUGAGCAGUGAUGGGUCAAUGUCAUUCGUGGCAUAUUUAAUUACAUCUUGAAAUAAUAAUAAUAAAAAAUUAAUCUUGUCUCCGAAGAGAAGCUUCACCAAAUCAAAUAAAUAAUGGAGGGUUAAAUUUAAAUAAAAUCGAAUUAACGAAUGUUUCUCCUUGAUCGGCCGGCAGAUAUUUUAUAUUAAAAAUUUUUCUCUUUUUUAUUUUAAAUUUAUAUUAUUUUAUUGUACAGUCGACUACCCAUUAUAAGCCUGCCCUUCAAAAGCCUCUUCCCCUCAAUCGGUAGGUACUGAGUCCAGAUUCCCCCCCUUAACCACUUUAUGAGUUUCAUACCAGACAUCCCGUUAUAAGCCUCUGUUGAAAUUGUUAAAAUUAUAAACUAACAAUAGAAAAAAAUAUCAAAAUUCAUAACGAAAAUUUAUUAUCGAUGUUUCGCGAAUAAUUUAAUCAAUAUUAAGUAAAAUAUAAUUUAUUGCUGCUAAUUGUAAUCAUUGAUUACAAUUAAAGCUUCUAUUACAAUUGAACAGUUUUAUUGAGGAUUGUGUCCAUCAAUAAAAUUAUUGUUAUUAGUACUGUAAUUAAUACCGCUGUCAUUAUAAUUUUUUACAUCACAAUUAUUAUUAGUGUAAAAAGAUAAGUAUUUAUUUUAUCGCUAUAAGCACUCGAAAAAUCGGGAUACUGACGUAUGUAACAAAACGUGAAUAUGACGUUUAAAAUCCCAUAAAAUAAAACAGGCUUAUAACGAGUAGUCGAUAACGAAACUUAACGCACGGUGGGGGGACUGAAAUUCAAAUAAAAAUUUCUCCUGCGUUCCCUAGACCAGGCUUAUGACGGGUAGUCGACUGUGUUUAGAUAUUUUAUUUAAAUUAAACGUCAAAAUUUAAAUACAAUAAUUAUAUUAUAGAGGCUCGCCGAAAAAGCAACAAAAAUAAUUAUUUAUUUUUAAUUAUUAUUACAUCUCAGUUAUUUUUAAUUACUUUUUUUUUCUCUUGUAAAUCCCCACUUAACACACUGUGAUUCGUUACCUCGUCGAACAAUAUUUAUAAUUCGUAUAAAAAGAACCACGUGUUUUUAUUGGUGGGCAAGUGAAAUAAUUGAUAUUGAACGUGUGUUUGCGAGUUAGUUUUUUAAAAUUAUUUGUAUGAAUGGUUUUUUUUUUUUAAGUAAUUUACUUUAUUCAAUACAUUUUUUUUUAAACUUCAUUGUACAUCACAAUUGUUAUUGUAUUACUUUGUUUUGUUUUGUUUUUUUCAAUAGUAAUUUAACUCCUUCGAAGUGAAUUUUAAAUAAUAUAUAUAUAAAGUUUAUAAUUACGAUUAUUGUGAAUAUGAAUCUCUUUUUUUUUUUUUGUUAAAUAAUAUGACCGCGUUUAUUACACUAUUGAAUCUCUGUUAACGUUUUAAAACAGUCUUCAAUACAUUUUUUUAAUUAUAUACCAAACAAAACGACACAUUCGUAAAAGUCUUAAGAUUACAAUUUUCUAUUAUAAAAAAAAAAAAAAAAUUAAUAAGUAUUUUGUGAGA